ACAAGCAAAGAUGGCUGAUGUGUCUUGAGACAUGGGACGACAUCACGAUGCAUGAGUUGUGUUGAUGGGAACCGAGAUGGCAAUGAGAUGCGACGUUGCACACUCACGACAAGCCUUAAGGAAAACUCAAGCCCCAUAUUCAUUUUCCGCCCAGUUUUGUGCUUUCGUCCACUGUGCCAAAUCUAAGCUUGUUUGGCCAUACAUGUUGUUCGUGCGUGCAUGUUUGUGUGCGACACAACAACGUCGAUCUCAUUGUCAUCUCGGGACAGAUGGGCCAUCUUGGCUUGCUCGGACCUAUUGGGAAUUGACCCAUGUGCCGAUUAUCUCAUUAGGACAUCCCGAACAUCCAUCCAUCCGAGUUCAUUAAGAGAUAGAAGAAGAAUCUAACCGAGCUUAAAGGAUAACUAUGAGUAACAAAUAACCAAACUAUGGAGUGGCCCACCUCCCAAGUUGUCCUCUUCUCCCCUCUUCCCCUUUUAACAACAAAGUUCUCAAGAUUUUUCCUUUUCCAUAGAUUUCUCUUCUUUUUCUCUGUUCAAAUCCGUGUCAUGACUCGUUAUUUCCAAGCUUUGGCGGGGAAUACUUCCUCGGCGACGGCGACAGCGACGGCGCCGCCCCCAGAGGCGGUGGCUAUAGAGUCGGACUUCGUGGUGAUUCUGGCGGCGCUACUGUGUGCUCUAAUUUGUAUGGUGGGGCUGAUAGCGGUGGCUCGAUGCGCGUGGCUCCGGCGUGGCAGUAACAGUGGCGGUGCAGGAAAUCAGGCGUCAGCGAACAGGGGAUUGAAGAAGAAAAUCCUUCAAUCCCUACCGAAAUUCACGUACAGAGCAUCGGGGUCAGGCGGAGAAGGGAAAUUCGCGGCGGAAUGUGCGAUCUGCCUGGCGGAGUUCCUAGACGGAGAGGAGAUCCGACAACUGCCGCAGUGUGGCCAUUGCUUCCACGUCAGCUGUGUAGACACGUGGCUGAGCUCCCACUCGUCCUGCCCCUCUUGCCGCCAGAUUCUGGUAGUGGCCAGAUGCCAGAAGUGCGGCGAGUUCCCGGCCGUCGUCCACGGCGGCGAUCACAACAACGAGGAGGAGCAAAAGAGGAGGGAAGAUAACAAUGGUAACAACAGGGGUUUGGGAUUUUUGCCUUGACUUUUAGUCAACGCCAUACCCUUCUAAUUAUUGCUCACUUCUCUUUUCCCCAAUUCACUCAAAAUAUAUAUACAUCUCCAGAUUACAUGAA